CCCACGGACUCGACCACCGCCGCAGUGCUCCGCCUCUCCCUCCCGAGGUCAUAAAAAAAAAAGCUCCGCCUCUCUCUCACCCCAUGGCCACCGCCGCAGUCCGCCGCCUACUCCGUCCCACCUCCUCCACCGCCUUGUCCCGUGCCCGCCGCCUCCUCUCCUCCACCGCUUCUUCACCGCCGAACCGCAGCCCCAACACGAACAGCCCCGUCUCCUUCGACUGGUCCGACGACGACGAGAGUCCCCCCGCACCUCCACCCGCAUCCCCGGCAAAGAACCCCACUCUGCCGCCGCCCUACGACCCCUUCAGCAAGAAGCACGCCGUGGCAGACCCACCCGACUCCACCAACCUUCAGGAAGUCUUCCACCGGAUGCGCACCGGAGGGCUUACUGACUAUGCCAUCAAGAUGUUCGACGGAUUGUCCAAGGACGGGCUCACGCACGAAGCGUUGGCUCUCUUCUCGAUCAUCAAGGAUAAGGGCGCCAUGCCCGAUGUCGUUGCCCACACAGCCGUCCUGGAGGCCUACGCGAAUGCUGGCCCCGGCCACUGGGGUGACGCCGUGCGGACCUACAAGCGCAUGCUCUCCAGCGGGGUCGCGCCGAAUGCGUACACCAUGGCCGUGCUCGUCAAGGGGCUUGCAGCGAGCGACCGGUGCGCGGAGGCCGGCAAGUACCUGCUGGAGAUGCUCGACCGUGGGAUGCGGCCCAAUGUUGAGACGUGCCUGGCUACCUUUGAGGCGCACGUCAGGAUGAACAAGGUGGAAGAGGGGAAGGCUCUGCUGGAGAUGAUGAAGAAGAAGGGGUUCGUGUUGGACGAGGAGGGGGUGCGCAGCGGCACCGUCAAGCGGGGGCAUGUCUUCAGGGCUGUCAUGAACAUGCUCUUUGGAAAGUGAUAAUGGUACGCACUAGCUGUUUCGUUAUGUUGUUGCAUAAGCAAUUGUGGGCUGUAUCUUGUCACUCGAAAUCAAAAUGUCUGCUGUUGUCUACUGCACAGGACAGGAUUGAUAUCCUGUCUUCCAUGGCUUGCUCCUCCUUAUUUUCAGUGUUUUCAAGUUUCAUUUUUAUUUUUUUCAUUUUACUGGUGAUGUAUGCAUUUUAGUGAAUUCUUAAACUGAUUCCCACUAAUCAUAGACUCGUAGUGAUGUUUCACAUAGUAAUUUCCAAAAUAACAUUUAUAUUCAGAUUUCAGAAUGGCCAUUGUGCAAGAUUUUCCCUUUUGCACUGAACUAGCAUUGUUUUAUCCAUGGGAGCUAAAGCUAGAUGAAAAAACAUGGAUAUAAUUUUUAUCAUGACCA